AUGAAGAUGAAUAAUGAGAGUUUGGAAGGUGAUUUCAUACUGGUGGGCUUCUCUGAUCAACCACAGCUUGAGAAGAUCCUCUUCGUAGUUGUGCUGAUUUCCUACUUCCUGACACUGGUGGGCAACACAGCCAUCAUCCUGGUCUCCAUUCUGGAUCCCAUGCUCCAUACACCAAUGUAUUACUUUCUUACAAAUCUCUCCUUUGUUGACCUCUGCUUUACCACCAGCAUUGUGCCUCAACUGCUGUGGAACCUCCAUGGACCAGCCAAGACAAUUACUCCUAUAGGCUGUGCUAUUCAACUCUAUGUGUCUCUGGCACUGGGAUCCACUGAGUGUGUUCUUCUAGCUGUCAUGGCAUAUGAUCGCUAUGCUGCUGUUUGCAAACCACUUCAUUAUGCAACUGUUAUGCACCCACAGCUUUGCCAGUCACUUGCAGGAGUGGCAUGGUUGAGUGGAGCGGGCAACACCCUCAUCCAGGGCACCAUCACCCUUCGGCUACCUCUUUGUGGGAACCGGAAGAUUUAUCACUUCAUCUGUGAAGUGCCUGCCUUGAUCAAGUUGGCCUGUGUAGACACUCAUGCCAAUGAGGUCCAGCUCUUCAUGGCUUCCCUGGUACUGCUCCUCCUACCUCUGGCACUCAUCUUGGUGUCAUAUGGAUACAUUGCCCAAGCGGUGAUGAGGAUCAGGUCAGCACAAGCUUGGCGUAAAGCCCUUGGAACGUGUGGGUCCCACUUGCUGGUUGUAUCUCUCUUCUACGGGACCAGCACAGCCGUGUAUAUCCAUCCCAACAGCUCUUAUGCCCAGAGUCAGGGAAAAUUUAUAACCCUUUUGUAUACUGUAGUAACUCCCACCCUCAAUCCCCUUAUUUACACAUUGAGAAACAAAGAUGUAAAAGGAGCUAUGAAGAGGCUGGUGCAAAAAGACCAAAGUAUGAGAGAGUGA